AUGUUAAUAAAAAUCCUUUUGGGUGCUUUGUUACUCAUACCCCAGAUAUAUGCUUCUCAGCUCUCUUCUUUACAGGAAAAUCUGAACAUUACACACAUAAAUAUUCCAAAUUUAAACCUGACAACCGAUGACAACAGCUUCGAAUUGCUUGGAGGUAUCGACUCCUUAUCAUUCUAUAGAUAUACAGGUCAACAGAACUUUACGAGCGGCAUACUGCCGAACAGCAAUUCAAAUGGGCUGACGUAUUAUUCGAAUAAUACUUUUAUCCAAUUGUAUGAACCAUCUCUCGACUCGAGAAUUGAGAGAAUAAUACCCUUUGGUUCUGAUUCAUUUAUACUUAGUGGGAAAGGGUCAUUAGGAGGAUAUUCUCUAUCUAAUCAACUUCUAUUCAAUCUGUCUAGCUUCUCAUUGAAACAAAUCUUCAAUCAAACGCUAGAUUCAGUUAAUUCGAUCCUCGUAGAUGGAACCGUUGUCUGUUUUGGAGGUAAUUUUACAUUAAGUACAAACAGUUUGAAUGGGCAUAGUGUGGCUUUAUGGAAUUAUACUGCUAACUCUACAAGCCUUCUCCCAUUUGUAGGAUUUGGUGAGAAUUCCCUGAUAAAUUCAAUAACAAAAUUGAACGACGACAAUAUCCUCUUCGCUGGUAAGUUUUACACUUUAGACAAUAGCACAUUGUUAAAUGUUGUCAAUGACACAAUGAGGAAUAUAUCAGACAUUAAUCUUGGUCAAUUGAUUCCCUUAAGUGCAGCCACGUGGAGUUCCACGGGAAGUUUCUUCGAUGAAGAAACAUUUGUCUGUCCUGAUCCAACUAUAGAAGCAUGGUUUCAAAAUGGUACUAGUGGAACUUUGAAUUGUAAUUUACCAUUCGAUGUGGCCCCAACAAAGAUAAGAAUAUAUAACUCUCCAGAUCCCGACAAUGAAAUAUCCUUAUUCCGUAUCUUCUCUGAUCCUUCCGAGAGUAUUAUGAAUCUGACAUAUAUUGAUCCAGUUCUUGGUCAGUUAAAACACUGUGAUGCGUUUUGUCCCUUAUAUACUAAACAAGUGCUUAAAUCUGCAAGUGAAAAUGUGACCUUAUCUUCUGAAAUGAUUGAAUUACUUAAUGACAACACUUCAGAUAUUAGAUGGUCACAAGAUUUUCAAGAGUUCGCAUUUGUCAACCAACUUAGUGCCUCAUCUUUGAGGUUUCUGGCACUAAAUUCGUAUGGAACUAAUGUGGGUCUCUCAAGUUUUCAAAUUUACCAAGAUGCCUAUGCAAUUUUUGCAAAUAAUUCUUUGAAUGAACCAAGUUGUAACUCUUUAGAAUCCUUCUCUUCCUCAGAUCUAUCGAACAAUACUUGGACUAGAGGAAUGGAUGACCAGAAUUAUGUCAAGACUACAUAUAUCCCACACCAAGGUGUUCUCCCCGAAGUCACUUUUCAUCCAGAUCUUAAAUAUUCAGGUCAAUAUUCCAUCGAACUAUAUACACCGGGGUGUCAACAAGAUAAUACAUGCUCUUCAAGAGGUAUUGUUAAUGUCACCGUCUGGAAUACCAAUAACAAUUCCAUUCUUUCAACUACUUUGAUCUACCAAAAUAAUGACCAAUUGAAAUACGACGAAUUAUAUUCCGGGUAUCUCAACUACUCUCCUAAGAUUACUGUAACUUAUCACUCUGGAAUAUAUUCCGGUACAACAGCGGGAACUGUUGUGGUUGACCGAUUAAACAUAAUGAUUAAUUCUUUGGAUAUCCUAAAUGAAAUCCAUAAUUCUACGAAUAGCCUAGAGUUAAAUGGGUUAUUCCAAUAUCAAUUAUCAAAUUUUUCCACUUCAUCAAAGGAUAGUAGUAUUGCAAGAGUCGCAAAUACAUCGAUUAAUCAACUUACUUUAACAGGUUUCUCUUCAAAUGUUUCCCUCUCCGCUUCCUUAUAUAAUGAUACUUUAUUAGUUGGUGCAGGUGAUGAUGGAUUAUCAAUAUAUGAGCUAAAUAAAGAUCUCGCUAUCCAAUCAUCUUCCCAACAAGGAAUUGAGGGUAAGAUUACAGGAUUGAAAUCUUAUUCAAACGGGGUUCUCGUAUAUGGAGAUUUCAACAGUUCAAAAGAAUCAUCCAAUGUACUUUCAUUUAAUGGGAGUUUUGAUUCUAUUGGCAAUAUCACAUCUCCUAUAACCAACUUCGCCAACAUUACCAUCGAUGACUCAGAAUUACUAGUUUUCGAUAACAAUUUAAUUUUUAAUGUUUCGUCCUCCAGCCAAAUAUCAAAUACUUCUUCAUUUUCACUGUCAUUGUGGUCUUCUGGAUCAAAUUCCAAUGGGGAUACAUUGUUUUCUGGUGCACUUUCACAGGUACAAUUUACUAAUCUCAGUGGAUCGGUGUCAAUAGCUAAUAAUUUAUCGGCGACUUCUUUACGUUCCAUAGGAUCUCCGUAUGCUGCUAUCUUUCUGAACGAUUCAGUAACGGGAUAUGUCUUAAAGAAUGAUUCAUCUACAUCUGAGAUGAUAUUCAGUGACGGAAGUAAAGCACCUUGGAGGUGGACAGGUUACGUUGAUUCUAUGUUAUAUCUAACUAAUCAAUCGAUGUUGGCUGUAGGCUCUUCAUCAUCAGUUAAUGGGGAGCUAUCCAUUUUAAAUCUUGAUUCCUUUAAAGUACUAGCAAAUGAAACUUUGAAUCAGAACUCGAGUGUUAAAACAAUGGUCCAUUUUGAAAGAAACUCUUCAAUUUUAGUUGGUGGUAAUUUCAGCAUUUCCAAUACUGAAUGUUUUGGUCUAUGUCUUUAUAAUUAUACUGGAAACCAAUGGUAUACUUUCCUCAAUGGCACCAUAAAUGGUACUAUUACUAAGUUACAAAUAUUCAAUGAUUCACAAUUAAUAAUAGCUGGUGUCUUUGACACCAAGUCACAAUCAUCUGUGAAUUUGGCUCUAAUGAAUCUUACAGAUAACAAGCUAGUUCUUAUUAGAUGGGGCUUUAAAGAACCAGUCAAGGACUUUAUAACAAUUGAUGAUAACAUAUUCGCCUGGAAUGAGACCUCUCUCUUUGAAUAUACAUCAAAUUCAUGGGUAGAUAUUCCAAUUUCAAACUCUAAUUCUUCUACAACAAUUGAUUCAAUCGGUUGGACAACGACAACAGACAACAAUCUAAAGAAGAGAGAUAACUCAGAAACUUCUAAUAAUGUACUGAUAGUAAAGGGGCAAAUAUAUGAUAAUGUCUACGGUCACAUUCAAGCUAUGAUUUAUAACUUUGAAGAAUGGAUUCCCUACUUGUCAAUUAAUUCUUUAGUGUCUUCAGCCAAUCAACCUGCUGAGUUGUUCAUAGAUCGUGACGUAUCUAAGCUUUUCGAUUCUCAAUUGGCGCUACAAGUCUCAAAUACAACGGCCUCUAUCACUGCAUCAAGUUCUACGCCUACGCCCACUUCGUCUCCGAAGAAGAAGUUGCAUCAAUCUAAAAAGAAAAUUGAUCGUGGUUUCGUUGUACUGAUAGGUCUGGCCCUAGCAUUAGGUACAAUGACAGUCCUCGGUAUAGUGGGGGUUAUUCUAGCAUAUGCAUUCAGGGAUGAUGAUGGUGAUUACGAUGUAAUCACUCCUCGUGUCAACGAAGAUGAAAUGUUGAAGACUGUGCCACCAGAGAAGUUGAUGGAAUUUAUAUGA